UUAUCUUGCGUGUUAUUUUACUUGGGAUUCGUCAAUUAUUGUGAAAUUGCUCAAUGCCAUUUUAGUUUAGACUUUACGGAAGUCGGAAUGCGGAAGGUGUAAGUUGCUGCUAGAUUAUUGUGCGGUGUGAAGCCCGAGCGGAGGAAAGCCUCAAACCAGAGACUCUAACUCGAGACUUAAUUAGUCAUCUUCUCGUCAGUUGACCAGCACGUGAAUGUGUAUAUUACAGUGGAUUGUAUAUACUGAAACAGAUUGUGCAAUAAAGUGAUUUUAAUUAAAGACUAUCAGUGAAAAUGACCCUAUACGAUCAUGUAGGCUGAGUUGGUGUGUCGAUGACCCCAACAUAAUGGUGCCGUGACUUUAGUCGUGGAACACUGUGGUUAGAUCUGUCAUUGAUACGUGCUGGUGGUAGUCUCUUUUGUGCUCCAAAUGUGAGUUCUGUGAUACUUGAAGACAAGUGGAGGCUUUCCUCAGAAGCUCGGGCUAAUCACCCUAUACUGGAAGUGUUUUUGUGUCAUUCUUUAUAUCUGCGUUGACAAUCAUGGAGGAUCUAAAUAGUGUAAUGCCCUCGACGUCGCGAGAUCGUGAGAAUAUUUUAUGCGACAGAGAAGAGGAAAAUUUUAUUAAAGAAAAUCUUCUAUAUAUGGAAAAUUUUUUAACAAAUGUGAUGAAAGUAGAACAGAGUUUACCGGUUGAGUCGAGAAAUCUGUUGACAGAGUUCCGCACCACUUGGGGUACUUUGUUCCACCCUGUGACUCGUGAGAAAAUUAAGGAGAAGAAAGACUUUGUGAAACGGCUCGAGUUAGACAAUGAUAACAAUGCAGUUGAUUUAGGAACAAGUGGCGAUUCUGGUUCGGAGUAUACCGAUUCGUCUGAUGUAGAAGACCCUGUAUUGCCGAAUGAGAUCGUGAACAAGAAGGCAGAAGCAUCGGAAAUACCUCCACUUGGCUCUAAUUAGUGGAUUGAAAUGCUAGCCAGGCUGGACAACAGGAAAGCGCCACCGUUGGAAAAGUUCGACGAAGAUUCAGGACAGCAGUUGAGAGUUUACCUGCGACGUUUCGAAGCAUUCUGUGCCGAUAACUUUAGAGGAAGCAAGGAUUUGUGGAUUGGUCAGCUAGAACAGAAAUUGGAUGGCACAACUCUAGAAGCAUUCACUUCACUUAGGGACGUAGAUGAUUCGUACGAUGAUGUAAAGAGAAAGUUAUGCGAGUGGUUUGAUGACAUGAAGUAUUUACGCAAGGAGAAGGACAGGCAGAAUUUUACAAAGGCUCGCUACAGAAAAGGUGAGGCUAUGCACAUGUUUAGCAAUCGUCUGGAGCGCUUGUACCGGCUCGCAUUCCCGCGACGCAAGGUAAACCACAGCAAGACUCUUAAGGAUAAGUUUGUUACUUGUGUGCCUAGUGAUUUUAAGAAAGUGCUGAGGACUUUGAGUAUGAGCCAUACUUUGAAAGGCGAAAUUUUGACUUGGCAACUUGUUAAGAAGUGUGCGCGCCAUUAUGAUGUGGAGAAUUCCAAAGCUGAAGCAAACUUCGACUCAGAGCCCGACAUGGUGGUGAACAUUAGUCAGACAAAGAAGAGAUGUGAUGCGAGCACUCAAGUCGCUAAUGAAUCACUCUCGCGUAAUCAGUUGGCACCGAUACGUCAAGCCUCGCAGUAUGCACCGUCUCAGCGGUUACGGCACGACCCUAUUCGAAGAGGGAGGAACACUUGGUACGGCGACGCACGAAGGUCCGAAUCUGGUUCGACACGCGCACAGACUCGCAAGAGCGCAGUGUGCCAUCAUUGCGGUCGCCCAGGACAUCUUAGAAGGGAUUGCUGGAUGCUGAGUGGGCGAUGCUUCAAAUGCGGAUCGUCCGAACAUUUUUUGCGUCAGUGUCCAGAGUAUCGACCUCAGGGAGCUAAUCGUAUGCCCGAGCGUAAGGAGCCAUCAGAGCCUCGGGGACGUCGUCCCGAGAAUGAUGCUGUGCGUCAUCCGGUGUUAAGUACCUCGAAUCUGAUCCCAAUAAGACAACCUUUAAACCCCAAUGCUCUCGCUCAAAGGAGGUAAAGUGGGAGCAAAGUAAUGUGAACAAAUCCUCAGUGAAUACGGACGAGCUACGGCUGCGUAACAGGUUUGCGUUGCUGGUGGACGAAAUGGACAACAAGCAAGA